AGCUCAGGCUCCAGCCAACUUGGGAUUCUAAAUAUAAGGUUGCUCACAGAUUCUUGACCACAUCAACAGUCACUGUGGUGCAUUUUCUGAAGAACUUUGAAACUACAUUUAUUUUAGAAGACCAAAUUGGAGAAAAUAAAUUGCUGCUGUUAGUCGCUAGUACUCUGUCACAGGACAAACCAUGGCAUCAGUACCUUCCAUUGGAUGUCUUCUGGCCAAAAAUCAGUAUUAUAGAAAGUCCAGUAUUUCUUCAGUUAGCUCCUUAACUAGCUCUGAUUCUGUCACUUUCAUAGAUGAUGACAGACCUCUGCAAGGAUUACCUGAAGUGGCAGAAUCCACCUGGUGGUUUAAAUCUUUUUUCUACUCUGAACCUGUGCUUUCAAAUGUGAGAAACAAAGAUUUAUCUUCUAAUGGAGGCAACCUACAUUAUGGAAAAGCAUUUCACAGCUAAUCAUCUUUGUUUUGCCGGUCGAUGAACAUCAUGGUGAUAACUGACUAUUUUAUACAGCACUCACAGUUGAUUCUGACAAUCAAGAUCUCUGCUUGCUGUGGCACUGCAGAAGUGAACCCCUAUGCUCAGCAUGCCGGCUCUUCCAGAGGACUCUUUCUUAUUGUAAGAAGACAAAACCUACCUGAGAUCUCAUUUCUGAGACAAUAUCACAGAAGCCACUCAUAGCAGAAGUUUAGGCAUUUUUCUCAACGCUAUCACAGCAAGUGGCACCAGCUGAAUGGAGAACAUUUGAAAAACCUACCUUUAGAGACAAUCAUCUUUUUAAUGAGUCUUCAAAUAUAGUGAUUUAUGUAAAGUAGUCUUUUCAUUAUCCAUAUUAUUUUUAUCUAUAAAUUUAAGUUAGACUCUUCUUAUGUCUGCUGAAAGAUUUUUAAUUUAAAACUGAAGAAAACUCUGUGCUUCACACAAUAGUUUAAAAGCUACUGGAUUUUGAAGGAUAGAAAAUAGUGCAAAAUUUUUAUUUUUUAAUUGGAAAAGUUGAAAAUAGCACACAUGGCCUUAACUAUAUUACCUCUUAAAUAUAGUACCAUACAUCUAGCAAAUUGUUUUGUAGUGUAGAAUUUAAAAUUCAUGAUUUAAAUAAUAUUUAACAGCAUGGAAAAUAUUAAUGAAACAGUGGGAUAAUAUAAACUAUGUGGUAUGAUUUAGUUGUAUUAAUAAUUACAAAUGGAUAAAAUAGAUUGGAUGGAACUGUAUCAAAAUGCUAGCAGUGGUCAUUUCUGGAUUUCAGAUUAUGAAUAAUUUUAUUUUUUCUAGAUAUGUUUUACCUCAAAUUAUAUGAUAAUUUUUUGUAUUAAUAGGAAAUAAUAAACAUUAAUAUAAAAAACCCUGGAAUAAAUUUUCUGAAUGUGUGUAUUUCCUA